AUGUUUGACGUGAAUUGGAAGGACCUCUUUACCAACCGCGACCGCAGAGGAUUCCCUGAGGUCGUGGUUCCCCUUGCUAGUGGAUCUGCACCAAAGACUCAAGAUGCCGGAUCGAACUCUAGUCUUGACAGGGCUUCUCUUCAAGAGAACGGUGCUAGCGGUGUUCACGCUGGUACCACGCUGACAUUGGAAGCACUACGAGCUGAAGUUGAAUCGGAUAUCGCUGCUUCAGGGCACGACACUGUUUAUGACCGAAAGGCAAAAAUUAUCAAUCGAGCUGUCCAAGACAUCGGUAUGGGCCGGUAUCAGUGGGGACUGUUUGUUCUCUGCGGCAUGGGCUGGGUCGCUGAUAACCUCUGGCUGCAGGGUGUCGCUCUCACGUUGACUCCAGUCGCUAUGGAAUUUGGCAUCUCCGAGACAGAUUCUCGAUUUGCCACGUGCUCUCUGUUUGUUGGUCUGAUCAUCGGUGCUUCGUUCUGGGGUAUUGCUUCAGAUGCUAUUGGCCGACGUCCAGCUUUCAACAUGACACUUUGUAUUUGCGGCACUUUUGGUCUUGCUGCUGGUGGUGCGCCAACCUGGAUCGGUACAUGUGCACUUUACGCCUGUUUGGGUCUCGGUGUCGGUGGAAAUUUACCCGUAGAUGCGGCCGUCUUCUUGGAAUGCCUUCCUCCUAACUCCAGUAGUAUUCUCAGUGGAUUGGCCACAUGGUGGUCUGUCGGUACUCUGAUUGCCAGUAUGCUUGCUUGGGCUUUCAUCCCCAACUUUUCCUGCGAGAGCUACGCGACAUGCACUAAAGCCAACAACUGGGGUUGGAGAUACCUCGUGCUGUCUCUAGGAGCCCUUACAUUCGUUGGCUUCCUCUGCCGUUUCUUCCUCUUCACUUUGUAUGAGUCGCCUAAGUUCCUCGUCUCCCGCGGUCGUCAGGAGGAAGCCGUGGCUGCUGUCCAAGGAAUCGCCCACAAAAACAAGACCACUACGUGGCUCACCGAGGAAACUCUCAACGAGAUUGGAGGGUACCCUGAAGAGGAUAAGAAGCAGGGCUUGUCUACCGUAGAGAUCAUUAGGAGGUCUCUUGAAAGAUUUUCGUAUCAGCAGGUUGCACCGCUUUUCAAAAACAAGCGAACCGCUGUCUCAACUAUUCUUAUCUGGUUCUGCUGGACAUGCAUCGGAAUGGGCUACACACUUUUCAAUGCUUUCCUCCCACAAUACCUGAGCCAAAACUCUACAACCUACGAGACCUACCGGAACUACGCCAUCACUGCAGUCUGCGGAAUCCCCGGGCCGCUUCUUGGAUGGGUUACCGUUGACAUCAAAUAUAUUGGUCGCAAGGGAACAAUGGCCGGCUCAACAUUAAUCACAGGAAUCCUGUUGUUCUGCUUCACGGCUUCAAAGGAUUCUAACGUUCAGCUGGUCUGUUCAUCGCUGGAGUCUUUCUUCCAGAUGAUUAUGUACGGUGUGCUCUAUGCCUACACUCCUGAAGUCUUCCCCGCUCCCAAUCGCGGCACGGGAUCUGGUAUUGCCAGCUGCUUGAACCGAAUUGCUGGUCUCAUGGCGCCGAUCAUCGGAAUCUAUGCUAGCACUGACCCGGUCGCACCAAUCUAUGCUGCGGGUGCGUUGAUCCUGGCUUCUUUUGUGGCGAUGUGCUUCCUGCCAAUUGAGACGCAGGGCAAACAGUCACUGUAA